AUGGCUCCUUGGACAUCUAAACCUGCAACGGCUCAAGACCAUGAACAUGAUCUUAGUUCAAUGUUGGGGAUUGAGGAACGUGUUGAUCUGACGCUUCUCAUUGCUGACAUCACAGAGGUCAUGCAAAAACAAAUCUGUGACAACUUUGAUACUUUUACUACCACAGGAGAAGCUGCCGAUAGAUCCUCAAAAGUUGGUGAUAGUCAGCCGAAGGAGGAAUCGGAAGAAGAGGAGAAGGCUCGGAAACUACGGGAGAAAAGGGAGAAUGAAUUAUCGGCGCACAAAAUGCUAGAGCUUAAACAUGAUGCUCUAAAGUUCUUUCAAGAAUGGCAAGAAACUGUCAUUUCGAGAAUUGGGACGGUGGUCAACAAUCCAAAGGAAGUUACAGAAGAUCAGAAGAAAAAAGCCAGCGCGAAUUCUACCCCUGAUGCACCGCCGAAAACCAAGGUCGUUAGACAAACUACAAAUGUUGUAGAAGCAGAUGCAGCUUUGAUUGAGCUUUACCCACCAACAUCCACACCUCUUUACUCUUUACCAGAAGAGAAACGAGUGAUGCUCUUACACGCCAUGCUACUGCUUCUUCUCUCUCUGGAGCAUUACACUGCCCAUUCACGUAUCCUUUUGCUUCACAUAGCAUCAUCUCUGCACCUUCCUCUUCAUCUUCUCGCCGAGACAGAGGUGAAGGUUGCACAAGGACUGCUGGAAGCCGCCAAAAAGAUGUCUGGUAACGAGGAGACACAGAAACGGAGUGAAGAGAACAAAAUAGCUCGAAGAUGGAAGGUAGGACUCGCUGGUGUUGCGGGCGCUGCGAUAAUAGGUGUCACAGGUGGUCUUGCAGCUCCAUUGGUUGCGGGAGCUUUAGGGACCGUAAUGGGCGGGCUUGGACUUGGUGCGACUACGGCCGCAGGCUUGUUGGGGGCUCUGGCCGAAAGUGGAAUUAUUGUUGGAAGUCUCUUUGGUGCUUAUGGUGCUAGUAUGACGGGCAAGAUGAUGGAUGCUUACGCAAAAGAGGUUUCCGACUUUGCAUUUCUUCCUCUCAAGGGAUCGCAACAUCAAAAACCCUUGAAGGAUAUAGCAGCGAAAGAUCGGAGGUUGAGGGUCACAAUAGGUGUUACUGGAUGGUUGACCCAGAAAGAAGAUGUCGUCACACCAUGGCGAGUUCUUGGGCACCAAAGUGAAGUCUUUGCUCUGCGAUAUGAACUCGAGGCCCUUUCCAAACUCGGCAUGUCGUUGGAGUCCAUGGUAAAAAGUGCAGCUUGGUCAAUUGCCAAGAAAGAGAUUAUCUCUAGAACGAUAUUCGCCAGCUUAAUGACUGCUCUUUGGCCGCUUGGGCUUUUGAAAAUUUCAAAAAUUGUAGACAAUCCAUUCUCAGUCGCCAAGAAUCGAGCAGAUAAAGCAGGUUUAGUCCUUGCAGAUGCACUUAUCAAUAAGGCGCAGGGAGAAAGACCAGUUACUUUGAUUGGAUACAGUCUAGGAGCUAGGUUGAUCUACUCUUGCUUAAUGAGCCUUGCAGAACGCCGUGCCUUUGGUUUGGUAGAAUCAGCAGUGCUAAUUGGAGCGCCUGCUCCAUCGGAUGCAACUGCAUGGCGAUCUAUGCGCAGUGUUGUCUCCGGACGACUCGUAAACGUAUAUUCCGAGAAUGAUUACAUUCUCGCUUUCCUGUACCGUACCAGCAGCAUACAAUUCGGUGUAGCUGGUCUCCAAGAAGCCCAAGGUGUCAAGGGGAUUGAAAAUAUCAACGUAAGCGAAAUGGUCAAUGGUCACUUACGUUAUCAAUAUCUCGUGGGUACGAUUUUGGAAAAGAUAGGAUUUGAGGAUAUUGAUAUGGAAGAGGUUGCGAAAGAAGAAGAGACCUUGGAGCUAUUAGACGAGCAGGAGAGAAAAGAGGGAGAGGAGAAAGGAAAUGCUGAUGAUGUGGAUCCUGAAGUUGAGGUUAGGAAAAUGGAGAAGGAUGUCGAUCGGAAAACUGUUGAGACUAUGAUGCAACAAGGGGCGGAAAAGCUGCACAUUAAUUAA